GAAUCUUUAGUCAGUGCCAGCAUUUCAAACCGUUACGACAGCUUACGUCCUUUGUGAAAGGAAAGAAAUAAGAAAGGAAGCCCAGUAGGAGCUGUGCUACACAUUCUCGUUCUCCGCCAAUCCUUUCUACCUCUCUUGAACAGGAAGCUGAUAUAGGUUCGAAACUGCCCCUCUCGUUCACAUGCGAUAAAGUGAAUACUGCCAAGUGCCAAUUAAUAGUCGUUCGGCAGCGAUUAUAGGAGCGUUGAGUGCGAGUAGGUUCUGAUUGAAAAGUGUUCAGUGAAGUGUGGAACAGAAUUUUCGAAUUCAGUACAAAGUUGUGCUAAGUACCUGAUAAGCCUAUAAAAUCGUCUCAAAUCAACCAUCAUAAGAUGUCAGCAUCGCCAAUUGCACGCCAAGCCUGCAGCCAGAUGCAGGCCAUUCCAUCGAAGAGAGUUCUCAUCCAUGACGCCUCUGAACUGCCGGAUCUGUAUUCGUCGACGCCCGGUGGAACUCUCUACUCCACGACUCCCGGAGGCACUCGCAUAGUCUACGAACGUGCCUUCAUGAUGAACCUGAAAAACUCUCCGCUGGCCCGCACCCCACCGUCUAACCUGAAUAACCUACCUCACAACAUACUGCGGAAUGGUACGAGCGGUGUAACCAGUAAGCCAAAGCCACAUCAGCAAUCGCAGAACUCACCACCCAAGUUCGACGAACACCAGGAACAGUUUGACAUGGACCUGUAGGCUACCCGGGCGCUAUUUCGCAGUUUUUUUUUUGUUACUAAUGGAUAAUACAAGUUCUAUGUUAAGAUUAUUUACAAUAUAAACUUUAUAAGUUUAUUCUACUUUAUCGUUUGUAAGCUUAAUGUUAACGGACAUAAUGCUACUUUGCAAACCACAAACACACUGAUUCGAGAAAACGAAAAUCACAACAAACGUAAAUCAAGCGUGCGAAGAUUGCCAUUCUCCAUCCUAAUAGUAAGCACCAACUACAAAAUUAUAACGAACAAACAAACCUAACAUCGAUUAGUUGACAAUUAUAUCGAGACGAAAAAAAAAUCAUUUGAAAAAUGCAUCUAAACGUUAUGUUAGUUUGUUUGUGAAUAUGAGGCAAUCCCAACAUCCAAGACAGUGAGUACUUAUGACGCUAUGCGAAUCAUACAGUGCACGCCCUAAGAAGAAGAUCACCCUUCUGUUUUGUCGAAUUAGGUUUACUUUUUUGCCCUAUUCUUUCUUUAUGCUACGUUUUGACAGGGCAUGAGAGUUGAAAUGAAGGUGCUUAGACAUUCAACUCGCGAUCAUUUCAAGCGACUUGUUCAAUUCACUUGCCUUGUCUAAACUUAGCAUUAUCGUGCCUCCGCCAACGACAGUCAUUAAACACACUCUGUCAGUCAUGAAUGCACAGUGCUGCCACUGGCUAAAUGCGGGGAAAGUUUGUGAUACUGGAUGGCUGAUUGAACCAACCAUCCAACAUCUAGGGAAUAAUGUUUGGUUUAGAGGAAAAACAAAUAAAAAAACUUUGAAAAUAAAAAAAACAUAUUGCUAGAUUUUAGUAACAGUAAAUACAAAUUGAAUCAAUGCCAUCUUCCAAACCAAGGGAACGAAACAAGCUGUUCCCAAAAGUCAUUUAUUAAACGUUUCGUAUUAUUUUUGCUGUUCUCCAUACUUGGAAGUAGGUUUCAAAAUCAUGUAGGAAUCAUGUUAAUCAAAAACGUCUAACCAUUUCAAAGUCAAACAAUAGCACGUCAACACGAUAGCAAUAGGUGACAAGUUUGUAGCAUAACAGUUGUUUGUUGUGCUCUAUUUUUUCCUAUAUAUUUCAUUCUAGGCGUAGAUAAACCUACAUAUUUUUAUAACUACUUCUACUCUACUAUACGAUGACAGGCAUAAAGCGAAUAACUUGCCUGCAGUUCGAAUCUAAUUCAAUCAGUUUUGUAAAAGCACGUUGCAAUGAUAUUCUAUUCGAUUAAAGAUCAACAAAAAAUAA